UUCAUAGGAAAUCACACAAACUCUCCGGAAUCUUGAUAAGCCUCAUUUGGUCACAAGCCUUUAUACCACCUCUCGUGGACGUCCCUGGAUUUGAAGGACAAAGACACAUCCUCUGGUGUCACCCAGUCUGAGAAAGGGUCUUCCAUGUCAGCACUCGUCAGCUCUCCACCUUCGGAUGAGAGAAUGGAACAAAGGGUCACCAGUAGAGGGCUUCUGAGCAUGGACUCAAAUACAUCAGCUUGGGUGACAGAAGUCACAACAAGGAAAGGAAAGGGGGAAACUGCUCCUGGAACUUUCAACGAAAAGGACCUGACGCCGAACCUGGUGAUCCUCAUCUCUGGCAUGGUUGGGCUCGCAGGAAAUUCGGUCGUGCUCUGGCUCCUGGGUUUCCGCAUGCGCAGGAACGCCUUCUCCGUCUACAUCCUCAACCUGGCUGCAGCAGAUCUCCUCUUCCUCUGCUGCCACCUUAUAGAUUCCCUGCUGGUAGUCCUCACGUACUUCCAUUCCCACGUUUUCUUCCUCCCCUGCUAUAAGACCGUCAUGAUGAUUCCCUACAUCACAGGCCUGAGCAUGCUGAGUGCCAUCAGCACCGAGCGCUGCCUGUCUGUCCUCUGUCCCAUCUGGUACCGCUUCCGCCGCCCCAAACACACCUCAGUCACCGUGUGUGUCCUGCUCUGGGCCAUGUCUCUGCUGAUGUGCAUUCUGAACAAGUCUUAUUGCGGUUUGAUGGAUCCCAAGGAAAAGACCGCCGAGUGUCUGAGAGCUAAUUUUUCCACGGCUGCGUGCCUGGGUGUUUUAGUCCUGAUCCUCUCUGGGUCCAGCCUGGCCAUACUGCUCAGAUUCGUGCGUGGCGGCAGCAGGCAGGUGCGGCUGACCAGACUGUAUGUGGCCAUCCUGCUCAACGUGCUGGUCUUCCUCCUCUGUGGCUUGCCCUUGGGCGUCUACUGGUUCGUGUUAAUCUGGAUUCAGGAUAAUUUUAGUGAUAAUUUGCAAUAUGGGCUUUACCUGACCUCGGUUGUCCUGUCCUCCGUGAACAGCUGUGCCAACCCCAUUAUUUACUUUUUUGUUGGUGGCUUCAGGCAUCAGCUGAGGAGGCAGACGCUGAAGCUACUUCUGCAGAGGGCUCUGCAGGACACCCCUGAGGAGGAUGAGCGUGGAAGCCGAGCUCCUCAGGGAACCGUGGAGAUGUCAGUGAGCAGGGAGGAGCAGUGAUGAAGAGCUCCUCCCUGGUCAGUCACAAGUGUCUGUCGACACUGCCCGGCUACAGUGGACAGUUACCUGCACUACUUUUGGCGUCAUGACCCCUGAGAUGCCUCAAUAAUUCCACAAAGACUUCAAACACAUUUAUUUUAACUGAGACUUUUUUUCUUAUUUUCUUGGAGAAAACAGUCUGAAAUAAGAACAUCUCCAU